GUUUAUUAUUCUUGUUUUUCUGUUUUUGUCAGUUCGCGAUUUCUCGCUCAUUCGCGUACACUAAUGAAUGUUUAGAGUGCUGAUGUUGAGCAGCGGCAUAGGUGUGCAAAAGCCGAGCGAGAAGCGGGAUGUGUGAAGUUAGUCGUUUACAUUACCUACCUUCACUAGUUUGCGAUUUUUCUUUGCUUCCCUGCAGUGGUAAAGCUUUGGCAAAAUUUCACUGUUUCGUUUUCGAACAAUCUGGGUUCUUUUUUUCACACUUGGAAUUGAAAUGGGCUCCCUCCACCGAAACAUCAUUUACUCUUGCACAAAACUUUAUUUGCAAAGUGUCGAACAUGCUGACAUUCGGAGGAACACAGAAGAGCAUUUACAACUAGAAAUGAGACAUUAAUGCGCUAAAUAGGUUUUGAUAAAGCAGAUUCAAAAGUACGAUUUGAAAACCGGACUGAAUGGUACUCGGCAGAUUUGUGGAUGCAGUUGUAUCUCUGUCUCCUAUUCGCUUGUUUUUCAAUUCACUUCCACCUAACCAUCAAAUCAGGUAUGAAAAGAAGGCAUCCAUUCGCAUUCUCUGCUGCUGGCUUGUUGUAACAACAACUGAUUGAGCAAUGAUGCGAACUCUGCCACAGAUACAUGCAGAUGUUCCCUUAUUUUGGAAAGUAUGUAAACGCGAAACAAACUUGAUUCCGAUGGGGGCAAGUUGCAGCCAAGUGAAGCAUCCUAGCGCUUUUUCAAGCGGACAUUUUAUAUUUCGAUUGCUCAAAAGAUCUUCAGGAUCACCUGAUAUGAACUACUUUGUCAUGGCCGUCUUGCCAUUACUAGCGUGGAAUAUCAAAGGCCAUCCUGACUUUCAAAGCAUAGGUGAUCCCCCCUUGAGCACAGCGGAGCAGAAAAAUUUUGCAGAAAUAUCUGUUUUAUUGUUAUCAACAUUCGCGCUAGGUAGCACCGCGUAAAUCAGCCACAACACAAGUUUAGUGAAGGUGUUAUCGUUUUGAAUGAGUAUUUGAUGUGAACGUUCAAAUCGAAGAUGUCUGCAACGUCGUCUAUUAACUCGUCUGCAGUAUCCAGCAGUAACAAUGGCAACAAUAGCCACCAGAACAAUGUUCUCUCGUCAGCGUCCAACAUUGUUAUAUUGGAAAAUCAAAUUCUUGACAGCAACGAUGUCGUAGCGGCAGCCGGUCUCCAACAGCUGUCCAACUCGGGCACUUUGAAGUUAACUAGAGAUUGUGCUGUACAGUAUUCGAAUCUUAUUAACAACUACACAGCAAGUAGCAUCAACAGCAGCAGCAGCGGUAAUAGUAGUAGUAGCAAUAAUAAUAGCAAUAGUGGAACGACUAUUGUCGGCAACAACGGUUCUCAGAUGAGUACAGUAAAUAUUAUACCCGGAGAUUCAUCGCAAACCAACUCCAGAGUGCAGGUGCUCAGCAAUGUGCAACUGGUCUCUAAGGGCGUUGCCCAGUCAUCCACAUUUAGCUAUGUGGAUGCGAGUGGUAAGAAUUUUAAUGUUCUCACCUCCAGUGGUAAAAUAAGCACGAAUAAGCUGAUCAGUGUUCCAAUAACGAAAGUGAAAACAUUCAAUCAUAUUGCACAACACCAACAACCACAGCAGAACCAAAUUGUGCCGUCUCCAAUGCAGCAUCAGCCACAGGCUAGCAAUAUACAAAAGAUGUCAGUGCCACGGAAUAUUCAGCUAGUGACAAGAGUACCGAAUUCAACAAUUUCCGUCAGCAACGGGCGAGUAUCACAGAUCUCAUCUACGAUGCCGUCAACCACCUCUCAUCAACAGCAACCCACCCAGCAGUUUACAAUUCACCAAUAUACAGAAUCAAGUAUGAACACUCCGUCAACACUGGAUGUUACAUCAACCACGCUUGGAUCAAUGAUCAAUAGCAUUAAUUCUGGUGGCACAAUAAACAAAAGUGUUUCCACUAAAAACAAGACCGCGUCCUCAUUGAAAAUGAUGCAAAACCAACAACUAAAUCAACACACUAUAAAGCCCGUUGGAAAAGGAGUGAAUGUCAAUUUAAAAAAUGUGCGAUCUAAUUCGAAGACGGCGAUAGCCGGAGUUAAUUCCCAGUACUACAUUAAAAGCUCAACAAACGGUGGAUCCACGCAUCAGCCCGGGUCGUCCACCACAUCUAUUUACACGACGUCCCCUGCUCAGGCCGUUUACCAUAAUCCAACGCCACAUCCGCCGCAGCAAACGAUGCAGACACCAGUUGGAUUGACCGCAGCUAGCAAAAUGAAGAGUGUCUACAGAACAUCAAAAAAUCAGCUGAUUCAGUUACAGCAGCAGCAGCAGCCCAAUCAGUCUCCACAAAGAUCAACGACACCGUCGACGAGUUUUGUAAGCACUGUGCCAACCAGUUCAGCGUUGGUUCAAGGUAACACCAGCAUACCAACGUCUAUAACAUCCAAUCGUUAUCAGUACAACCAGUCAAAUCCAAUCUCAGUCUCUCAACCCCAGAUGUGCACCACGGCAAGCAGUAAUUAUAAACCAUUUAAUCAAAUAUACGCUGGUGGUUCAACAACUACGACACAUGAUUCGUCAAUUAUAUCUGCUGCGUCGUCCUCUUCUACGGUGAUAAAUAGUAGCGAUCAUACUAUUCCGUCCGUCACCGUUACCGGGUACAGCUCCACUGGGAAAGGCAAAAAGUUCUCCACAUUAGGAAACAACGAAAGUAACGCUGUGUUUUCGACUACCUCAGUUAAAGUGAAAAAUGUGAGCCGAGGACGGAAUAACAGUGUAUCAAAUAACAAUUUGCUGGAGACAACUUAUCAACGGUUUUCGGCGUCACCGUCUAGAUCACAGACACAAUUUCAACAGUCAUCUGCUCUUGCCAAUUCCGCACAGCAGCAACAUGCUAUAAUAAGUAUACAACAUGCCAGUCGGGAUGAUCAAACGUCCAACAACGCUCAGCAAAUGCCUGAUGAAACAUCUGCUCGUAUCAUCCAGAAUUUUGGACAAAAGACGUCUGAUGGUAACAAAUUGCAAAGUCACAAACAUCAGCAGCCGUUUGCCUAUUAUGGUUCGGACAAUUUACUUCAAUCACCCUGUAGUUCGUCUACUACUGGCAGAGGUACAAAUUUUGAAAGUGGUGCUGCAAUGAACGAUUCCAGUGAUCCUCGACUACACGAGGAAAGGUUCGAUGGUCGAAAAAAUAGCACCUCGGAGGUUGUCACCUACGCGGAUAACAUUCCUCUUCGAGAAGGGUUCCCUUCGUCGUACAACUAUAAUCAUCGCGACGACGAUGAUCAGAUCGGAGUGGAAGUUAGGCCUGCUCCUGUGGACAUUUCGAACGGGCGGUAUCAUAUCUUGCAGGCGGUGCUCCAAGAUCAUACUUACUUUGCAGCCCUGCCCGAGCUAAACUUAACUGAAUCACAACCGGCGGCGGCUCCUACUCCUCCUCAGCAACAUACGUUAUCAUCUCCUUCGAAUGUGAACACAACACAUCCAGCCAUGCUUUACCAACAGCAACAAACGCAUCAGUUCCAUGCACAACAACAGCAAUUCAUUGGUCAAAAGUUCGUCUCCUCUGCUGUUCCUAAUGUUGCGUCACCAUCACCAGUGAGCUCAGUUCCUUCGAAUGUCACAAUUGCGACAUCUGCUGUCCCAACGCAAAAUACCCAAGUGCGCAUGAAUGCACUGAUCUCAACGCAUAACUGCAGUGAUGCUGUUACCACAACCGUCGCCGAAGGAAACCUGAAAUCGACCAUUCCCAGUGCUACCACGUUGGACUAUAUCUAUCAACGACAACCGCAGGACGACGAUGCAAACUCGGUGAUAAGUACCGGUUCACGCAACAACAUGGACAACGAUUUGGGCGAGGAGACCGAAACUGCGCCGGAAGGCGAAGGUGAUGAUGACUCCGUCACAAGGUGCAUUUGUGAUCUGACGCACGACGAUGGCUACAUGAUAUGCUGCGACAAAUGCUCUCGCAUUCUCCAUAUCCAUAACAGUGCAUGGCAACAUGUGGAUUGUAUGGGCAUUGAUCGCUUGAACAUCCCGGACGAGUACAAUUGCGAGAUUUGUCAGCCCCGACCAGUCGACAAGAACCGAGCCCGGAUGUUGCAGAUGGAGAAACGAAAGGAGCAAUCUCUUUUUCUUGCGAAUAACAAUUUGCAAGUGCAAGUAGCUGAUCCUUCCAUUAGCAGCACCAACUUGAUCGGCGCAUCGGGUGGAAAUGCGGUUUUGGCCAGUGGAAAGGGCGCUAACCAGUAUACAACGGGCAAAGCUUUGGCGGGUUCAAAGAAAAGCAAAUCCAGCGGGGGUAGUGCUAAAAAGAAGGCGGCAGAUAGUGCGACUUCGGCAACAAAAAAGAGCGGCAAAAAAGUGCUAGAGAGCGCGAUUAGCCGAGUCAAUGGAAAACGGAAGGAACUGAAAAAAGCCGUAAAAAAGAAGGUUAAAACAUCAGAGCAAAGUGCGGAGAAAAUGACAAGUAUGAUCCGAACUUGGAUCGACAAUUAUGAGCGUGCCAUUACAAAUCAUUAUUCGCCAGAGUUGCGAGCCCGAUUACAAGCGUUUGGGAAGAUGCAGUCACAAAAUCCAUUGUUGCAUUCCGAUCGCCUAAUAUCGGCUGCUUCAGUAACGAAUUUGGUGCAAAAGUGUACCACCGUUCCCCACGCUGGAGGUAAAAUAUUAAUCAGCACAGGGGAUAUCGAACCACAGACGCCAAUCAUUGAGAUACGAGGGAAAUAUAUGCUCUCUUCUCAGCACAAACAGCUUCAAUCGUUGUUUAAUAUGGCGGCGAAUGGUAAAUUGAGCAAUAAUAAGAACGCUGGACCGUUCUUGUUCCUGUAUCAGAUAACGAAUGGAGCUAUGGAGCUUUGUGUAGAUACUCGUACGUACGGUAACGAUGCGAGGUUCGUACGGAGAUCAUGUAGACCGAAUGCUGAAAUUUUACACAACGUCGAAAAAGGCUCCGUGCAUUUAUACAUCGUUUCAACGUCCAACAUCAAGGCAAACACGGAAAUAACUAUUAAACAUGAUGAGCAAUUGAUCCAAAAAGUUGGAGGGAUUGUUAUAUUGACACACACCACCGUUACAAAUCUGUGUGCCUGUGGGCUGAUUAAAGAAUGUCUAUACUCUGCUCAGUUGAGUGAAGGAUUGCAAUCCACAGGAACGAAUGCAAUUGCUGCUCCCAGCGUUUCGUCUAACACAAAUCCUAUGCAAAGCGGACAGAAUGCCCAUCUAAGCAAACAUUCAAAGAGUAAGACCAAUAAUGGUGUUUUUGGAGAUACAGAUAAGAGACCUGCUAAAAAACGUAACAGCCGAUCGACAAGCUCAAAUGCGGACAGUCGAUUGAGGUCCAUUUCUUCUAGUGGUGACAGCACUUGCGAGACGAUUAUGUACACGCAGCAACAACAACCGCAGCAUCAGAUGUUAUCACCCUUGCAGCAACAGAUAGUUGGACAGUCACCACUGUCACCGGUUCCACAAAUUCCAUUUCAACAAAUACCCGCGCAGCUGAUCUCUCAGCAAUUCCAUCAAAGUGCUUUGCAUUAUAUGCAUAACCAACAACAAGAUCGACAACAGCAGCUACGGCAGGAGCAAGAACAGCAAUUAAAACCAGAACAACAACAACAGUUGCAGCUAGAACAAGAAGAACAACAGCAACAACAGUUACAAGAAGAGCAGCAACAUCAGCAGUACUUGCAGGAAGAGCAACAAAAACAGCUCUUUAAAGAAGAGCGCCAACAACAGCAACUGUUACAAGUGCAACAACAACAACAGUCGUUGCAACAAGAGCAACAACAGCAACAAUUAUCACUAGAGCAACAACAGCAACAAUUAUCACUAGAGCAACAACACCAGCAUUUGCAUCUAGAGCAACAUCAACGACAACUGCAACAAGAGCAACAACAACAACAACAACAACGACAACUGCAACAAGAGCAACAACAACAACAACAACAACAACAACAACAACAACAACAACAGGAGCAUCAACAACAACAACAACAACAGGAGCAUCAACAACAAUUACAUCAAGAACGAUUGAAAGUGAGAAGAGAACAACGACACCAACGAUUGCUUCAGGAGCAACAGCAGCAGCAGCUGGAACAAGAACAAAACCACCAGCAACUCUCACAAACUACUGUUGUUCAAUCACACCCUGUCUAUAUGUUCCGUUCAUCGCCAACUCACCAAUCGCAGAUAAUUGUUUCUCAACAGCAGACUUCGCAUCCACCAGCGCUUCAUCCGACGAGUCCUGUGAUGAAUAUGAACAGUCGAACUACGUUUUACAAAGAAAUAAAAUCACCACUCAACUCGCCUCCUCUCAAUCUGAGUGGUCAAGCUCCAUUGGUUAUUCCAGCAAUGUUGUCACCCGGAAAAUCGAUUGCUCAAUUUACACCACCAUUGCUAGCAUCGAUGACAUCGCAAGAGCAACCUGUAAAUGCCAUGAUGCCCACCGUUACUCAUAAAUCCCCGGUUCACAAAUCUAUGGUGGAACAACAAUCUCAUUUGGAAGUUAUACAGCAGCAGCAACAUAUGCAUCAACAGCAACUUAUGAACGAUAUUUUGAAAAUCAAGGUGAAGUCGCCAAUAACGAGUCCAGUCAAGCGACAACCUUCUCCAUCAUCAUCAAAUUGUAUGCUUUCUCCUCCACCUCCACCUCCUGUUCCCAUCAUACAACGGGCUCUGAGCGCGGAAAUUUUGAAAAAUGAGCUGUUCCAUUCUCACUAUCAGCAGCAACAGCAACAGCUAUCAUUGCUACAAACUAUUGCUCCUUCAACGUUACAAAAUUCACCUCAUCAACAAAAACAACAGCAGCAAGCUCAAACCGUAGUUCAGCCGGCGACUCAGUCAUCGAUUAAGUUAGAAUAUCCCAAAGUUGAGGUAAAACACGAGACUCUGGAACUACUUUCACCACCACACUCUGUUGCAUUUGAUUGUUCAACAAACGCUGCAUCGCAAAUAAAACUUGAACAUGAGGUCAAAACAGAGUUAACACCAACACAUCCUUCGGUCGUGGAUGAAAUACCACCAAUUAAGCAGGAGGAAUUAUUAGAACCAAAGUCACCACUCAAAGAGGAAGUUCUGACAUUGAUCAUGGAGAAUAACAAGGAUGAACCCUUGUCAUCAACUGGCAUCAGCAAUCUCAAUACGAGCAUGUCUAACAGUGAUUCGAAUUCUCCCAUUAAAUCGUGUCUACAGUCACAAGCAGCAGCAGCAGUAUCUACGGUGGUCGGAACUAGCAGUGGCCAUAGCACAAACACCUCCCCCCAUUCAGUGCACCACCAGAUGGGUGCCGGUGCUAAAAAGAAGAAUUGCACACUAUCUAAAGACACCGUCGACGUAGAGAAGGAGAAAGAGGAAAAGAAGCCCUCGCGAAAGUUAACCCGCGAGGAGCGUAAAAUGGAAGCAAUCGUCAAAGCUUUCGAGAAGAUGGAACAAUCGCAGCAACGAAAGCAGGAACUGAAGGAGCAACGGAAGGAAGGCAAGCGCAGGAGUGUAUCUUCCUCAACGCCAGAUGAGGCUGCACCGUCGGGGUGCAGUUCGGCCAAGAAAAAGUCGCUCAGCAUUCAAAAGCGUAAGAAAAAGAAAAGUAAAUCGCUCAGUCAGCACUUUGGUUCGCCAAAUCCAAACCGAAAGAGGAAAGUGUCGAAAUCGUCAUCAAAGUCGUCGAAAAAGGUUUCGAGCACAAGGGGAGCGGCGUCACCCGAACAGGUGAAUAUCAUAACUGAAAUUCAACCAUACGAGGACCAUGCAGCAGAUCUUUUGUUGACAUUUUCGCAAUCAACCGAACAGCAAUCGCCUCAAGAAUCGUGUAUUGGGAAUGAGAUCAAAACCAGUUCCUCAGAUACUGAGCCAGCGCCCAACGAAAACAACAAUACUGAAUCGAUGCAGUCGAUUAUGUCCAAUCUGCCGUUGCUAAGCUCGGCUUGCAUGCUGGUAGAAGCCGCUGUUGCUCCCCUGGAGCAGGUGUCCAAUGCUGGGACAGUGCUACAUGAACAGGAUUUUAAGUUCCCACAAAAAGCAAAGACAAAAAAGAGCAUGAGUCGAGAGUGGUUAAGUGGUCAGACGGUGGAUACUGCUGUACCAUGUCGGACAAUCACGUCGGAUAAGGAGUCGUGUUUCGUUGGUGAAGAAAAAUGUCAAAACGACAGUGAAGAAUUUACACGUAGAACUACGAUAGCUUUCGAAGAAGUGGCUGCUUCGGCAGUGGGCCCCAUUGGUGUGGAUGUAAGUGAACCGAACAUUUGCAUAGUGGCAAAGAAAGUAGAGGAAUUUAUAGCACAGAAUUCACCCCAGCCGGAAGAGAUCAGUGGACACAAAUGGGAAGAGAAAUCUUCCAGUAGUUCGAGUUCUUCAAUGGGAGCAACGCAAGAACAAAGUCACACACCAACGAGUUGUGGGGGAACCAUGUCUGAAAGUGCUGCCGCAAAGAAGCGCUGGCUGAGGCAAGCUAUUUCGGAAGAAACAGAUGAGCUUACGCAAGCAUCUUCUUCGCCGCCUCCUCCGAAUGGGUUCACAACACCACUUAAAAAAAGACGUGUAAUUUGUCAGUCGGAAGAAACAGCACAGCCUCAAUCUCAACAGCAUUUGUCAACUUUUGUGACGGGAUCGCAACAAGUGAUGAUUAACACAUCGCCAAAAUAUUCAGAGAGUAGUUUAUACUGGUCCAACAUUGGACCGCCGUCUCUAGCGUAUCCUCUACAUUCUCGCUCGAUCGUGGACGAAAAACAGGCUAUGGACCUGUCGAGAACAGCUCCUCAUUUGAGAGCAUCCUUGCCACCUCGAAUACAACCAUACAAAAUUGUUCCGAUUGCUCAAGCGCUGACACCCCUGCACUUCACUGAUCCAGACCCCAUUCCGAUGCCUUUACCAACGCCAUCAGCGACGACCAAUUCUACAUCCGUGGUACAGGCCCAUCAACACCUAGUUUCACAGGAAUCGCGAGGAAUACCACUACAAGUGCCUGUUCAAUUAUCGCCGACUUCCGUGGUGACAAUAUACGACGAGCCAUCACCAACACCUCCACCAUCGGCAGUAGCAGCUAUGGUUCCAGCAUCUCUUAUGCCGCCAGAUCCACCGAUUCAUCAUUUAACAACCACUCAAGCAGACCAGCCGUUUGUACCACAGGACCGAUAUCAGGAGGGAGUUGAUGUGACUACUUACCCUGAGUCGCAUGAAGAGGUUGCUCCAAUACUUGCUCGGUGCAUCACCCGAAGUAAGGGCAGUAAAAAAUACAUCGAAAGUCCGGCAAAAUUUGAAUCCACUCCGCCUUCAGAAUCUCCCGUUUCAGCAGCAGUAGAAAAAGCCGAACAACAUUCGGUAACUAGCAGUAGCUGCAGUGGUAGUAUUGCCAAUUCUGACAUUGACGAAGACGUGAAUGAAAAACCACUAUUAGACGAGCAGCAGGAGCAGAUUUCAGAAUCACCUGAUGAUGAAUCUGACCAACAACAGCAGCAGCUCUUGGAAGAACCCGCUCAGGGAACUGAGCUAGAAAUUGUAAAUAGUAAAAAUGUAGAUCGUGUUAGCGAUGACUCAACAAUUACUCAAAUUGCAGCGGGGGGUGAGGCUGAGAAAAAGGAAGCUGUGGAACAAUCGGUGAUUAUUUCCGCGGCGACAUGUGAGCCCACAGAGGUAGAAGAGAUUGUUAUUGAAAAUGACGAUGUAGCAGUGCUAAACGAGGAGGAAGAUGUGCUGGAAAAAGAGGAUGAAGCACAAAAUCUUGAACCGAUGUCGAUGGUGGUGGACGAAUGUGAUGUUGUGGAAAAUAAACCUGAAAUUGAGUUAGUUGGCGAAAUAUGUGGUGCUACCGAGUCGGUAGAAUUGGCCACAAUACCAUCUGCUCCAAUCGAAAUUGAUAGGAACAUCGUUUCGGAAAAAGCGACACCGGAUGAAUAUCAUGGGUUGAAUGGACGUGGGAAAAUGCGUCUGAUUUCACAGGAAGAAGAUCACGAGAAAAAUGAAUUGGAAGAUCUGCAAAAAGUGAUAGCUUCCUUCCAUUCAGAGAAUAUAAUGAAUUUGAUUUCACGAAAUAAGAAAUCCAAGAAAAGCAUGAGUCGCGAGGAUAGUGGCGAAUCUCGCGGAUGUUCGGCGAAAAAGGCUAGAAGCAGACACAACAGUAAGGAAUGUAGCACAGAUACACAGUCCCCACAGAAUUCAGUAGUGUCCGCGGAUGCAAUUGAAUUUCAAGAAGCAGUUGAGCCACCUACGACCGUAACGGAGUCUGUAGACGAAUCAACAGUAUCUCUCGAGACAUCUAAACCGUUAGUCGAAGAAACUCAUAUAUCAACACUAGGAAGAAGUUUUUCUCAUCCAUGCUGGCAUUCAUCUGAAAGUUAUCGGGAAUCAACGGAAGUUCGAAGCCUGUCAACGCUCCGUCCAGAUAUUCCUCAAAUAAGUUACAAUUCACCUACCACAUACCAGUCGACCGCUGCUCGCAAUCUUCUCUCGUCUCUUUCGACUGGUUCAGAGCCACUCUCCACUCUAGGGAGCUACCGGUCGAGUACUUCUUCCCUGCUGGACUAUCCGAAAUCAUCGAUCGGAAGCACUGCUGGAAUGGGAAACAGUGGUGGCAUUUACCAAUAUCGUCCAUCAACAGAAAUCAGCAGCCUUCUAGAGAAAGGGUUUUCCAGUUCGCGGUCAACCAGUUUCUCUACGCUUUCCUCAUCUAUCACAACGGAACGAAAUACCGAUCGAAGCAGUGGAAGUUCCUAUCUUCUUUCCUCCUCGAAGGUCACUGAUAAUCUAUCCACUUUGGGGACCGCUGGGAAUUCCUAUCCAAAAAUUUUCACCAAAACUGCUAGUUCCGAUCCCAGAUUGAAUCCAGCGUUGAGUAUACCAGAGCCAACGACUCCGAUUACUCCGAAACGGAAGCUCUCUAUUAAUGAGUAUCGCCAGCGCAAGAUGCAAUCCUGUACCUCUUCGACUGUGUCAUCUUCGGAGACAGCUGCCGAUUGUUCAAGAACUACCGCUUCCUUUGGUGUGAGUAACAACAGCAAUGCUAAUCUCUACGAGAAUGGUACCGGAAGCACAUUGAUCAGUAGUAGUCUCAAUAAUAACGACGUUAGUAGCUCUAUUUGCAAAGAACUCAGUCUUGAGCUGCAGAUGGAAUUAGGCAAGACCGAAGAAGAGGACAGCGGUAAACAAGAAAUUGGCGUGGUGGAAGAUGUGCCAUCGGCAGUGACGACGACGUCAGCAUCCAUACCAAGCUCUACUAUAAAUACCUCAGCUAUCGCGGGAGCUAGCCAGACAAGCUCAGCAGAUGAAGCGAUCUAAAAUUUCGUUUACCCAACUUUGAGUUAUCCAGGAACGAAAUGUUCUGGAAAUUUCCCAACAAACACUAUUUGCCCGGCGUAUGUUUUCUCUUAUGAAAAACGUAUCUCGGACACAGUGAACUGCAUUCUGCAGCGAACGCCAGAACAAUGCAGUAUGUGAUGCCCCCGAUGAAAGAAAAUAAUAUUCUACGAGGCUAACAUCCAGGGACUGCAAAGCAUGACAAUUAUAUACAUAACACGACAUACUUGACAUACCAAAUCGUUACAUCAUCAUAACGAAUCACAAAAGCAUUGAGAUGUGAUGAGGAUGAAAAAAAACACCACCAAAUGAGAUUAACAUGUGGUAGCAGACAAGCAAUCCAAUUCAUUAGUCCGCCUACACCAAGCAGAGUAGGAGAUGGUAGUGGCACUUGAUUUUCAUGAAUGUUAUUUGUUUUGGGAAAUGCAGGAUAUUUCGGGGGGAAAACAAUAGGGAAGUAACUGAAACCUCAACGUUUCGUAAUCGUUGAAAUAAGGUAAAUCGAGCAGAGAAACAGAUAAUCUUAUUGUGAAAGUGCAGGCGAAGUAAUUAUUAUUAUUUCAUCUGAUAAAAUGUAAAAUAACUGUAAAAUCUUAGUAACAAGAAUAGGAAUCACUAGGAAUAGAUGGACACACACAAACAUGUUUAGCGCAAACUGUUUUCAUUUGGAACUAUUAUGUAAAUACUUAUAAUGCAAUUGAAUGUAUACCCUACCGGUAGAUUUCGUGAAAAAAAAAUGAAAAAAACGAAAGCACAUUUUAAAGGUCGAGAACGGCAGUUAUUUGUAUUUCAGAAAAUAGCUUAAAAACAGCAGAAGGCAUAUAAACCGGUAGAUUUCGUGAAAGGAAAAAAAAGCAAGGAAGCACAUCGGAAAGUCGAGAACGGCAGAUAUAAGUAUCUCAGAAAAUAGAUUAAGAGACUAUAUGAUUAUAAGAUUUAUUCAUAGAGACAUUUUUCAGUUUAUCCGCAACACUUGUAUUGACAAAACAAAUCCAUAUGCAUACCUAGUAGUAGUUUAAUAAUUAUGAUGAUUGAGUAAAAAUUAUAUUAUCCAUAAUUGCCUGUUCUCGGCAAAUUGAGAAGCCUUUCGUUGCAAAAUCCUUUUACUAAUUAACACCACAAUUUCUUCACCACAGCGAAGGGAACGGAGGCACUACUUUGUUUAAAAAGAUAAACACAAGAACAUUGUACAUAGGUUUGAACGCAAACAAAAGCUCUGAAUCGCGAAGACUGAAACGGAAGUUGUGAAGAUGUAUAUUUUGUAUAUGAAUUAAAAGUCGGCCAACAGUAGUAGAGCGUUAGGAGCAAACUGGAGUGAUUUUUUUUCCCAUCACGAAAGCUUGUAAGAACCGAACCAUCGGCGAAAAAUAAUUUCCUCCAAGCCGUAAAACUUCUGUGUGUCUCUCUCAUCGUGAGAAAAAAGCUCAUAUUGAGAAACAUUUCUCGGUUUUAUCCACUCGCUUGCUAAUACCAGUGAUUCGCGUAUCGCUAUCUUAAUCCUUCUAGAAAUUCCCACCUCAAAAUUAUGUCCCUUUUGUAAAAAUGUACAUAAUGGAUUCGUGAAUUUUCUCAACUAGCGCAGCGACUAGUAGUGCAUAUGUUUGGAAACUAUUUCUACUUUAACAAUGCUACUUAUGUGUGAAUAUGGUACAGAGAACGAUAUCGACACACUGUAGAAAAAGAUCAACGCUGUAUAUAACGAUAAAACAUGGUGUAAAAUAGUACAAAUAGUUUGUAUAUAAAACUAAGGUGAACAAAGUAAUGAGACAACGUUGAAACAACCAGUAAAAAAAAAAAAACACUUAAAGUGAUAUAAAAGGAUUGGUACUGCAAACUAAAUAAACGAAUAAAAUCUUGAUACAAAAAAUAGCUCAUACUUCUAGAUCGACGAUAGCAAACGUAAAUAAAAGCAUGGCUAAACAAAGAGUAGUGUGAGAAAAAAUAAUUUAUCAAAAUCAAAAAUUUACGAGGGAAAAUUGUAGCACACUAGAAUCCACGGACAGAAAUGCAUUGCACCAGGAUCCUGGGCAAAUAGUCGUCUUCAUCUUGUAUUAAAGAUAAACUAAUUUAAGCAAAUUCAAACUUAAUAGAACGCAGGAAUAAAUUAUUGAAAUUGAUAAGUUAAGUCAUGUUGAGAAAAAUCGCAAAAUAAACAAAAAGAAAAAAAAUAACUGAAAGAUAAGGUAAAAUUUAGAUGCGAUAUUUUUCUGUUGAAGCUUGUACCGAUUUUAUUUAUAUUAAUAUAUAAUAAUAAAAGCCUACUUUUUUACGAAAGUCAAAUGUAACUUUUAAAUUGAAACCUAGCAGAAAUCUUAAUGCAGUGCGUUACAGAGAUCUAAUAAUGUAAAAAAUACAAGUAAGAUAGCAAUAAGUCCAGUAGUUAAGAGAGUUUCCCUUCUUUUCACGUCUGUCGUUUAUGCAGGACGCGUAGCAAAAAUAUUUUGUGUUUAACAAGAAAAAGAGGAGAAAUAACGGUGACAGAUGGGGGAUAAGUAACUGUGGAAGAUACAAAACAUAUUAUGUUUAAAUGUUCUUUUUUGUAUAUUUAUAUUAUUUUUAACAAGCUAAGAUUAUUAAAAAAAGAUGUGAAAAUGAAGAAAAUGUGAACAAACACAUGUAAUAUACCGACAAAAUCGAUCAUGGUUUAAAGAAAGAAAU